GGCCUCCUUCCCAGAGUGCUGCCCAAAUCCCGCUCCCAGGCAGCUAAUCGGAGCCGCUGCAGCACGGGGGGAGCAGCGCUGGAGCCGGGCUUGUCCAGAGCAGCUCUCCGCGUGCCUGCCGGGUCCGCCCGCCCGUCCGCCCGUCUGCAGGAGCGCCCCAGGUGCGGCUCAGCACAGCUCGCACCAUGCUCGCCCCGGAGCCGCUGGGGCUGCUGCUGCUGCUGCUGCUGCUGCUGCUGGGCCCCGCGCUGCCGGCCGCGCCCCCGGCCCUGCGGAGCGCUUUGGGAAUUCCUGCUUCCUGCCGGCUGUCCCGGGCUGAGUCUGAGCUCAGGUGCCGUGUCCCAGGGGGGAAGCUGUGCAAUGACAGAGGCAGGUGUGAGUGUGGAGUUUGCAUCUGCCAAGUGACUGAGUCUGGCAAAUACUACGGUCCGCUCUGCGAGUGCCACGACUGGGUGUGCGAGACCUACGAUGGGAAAAUCUGUACAGGCACAUGUCAGUGUGGCAGGUGCCAAUGUGCUAACUCAGAAGAAAAUGGACUGGUAUAUGGCAAAUUUUGUGAAUGUGAUGACAGAGAAUGCAUUGAUGAUGAAACAGGAGAGAUUUGUACAGGCCACGGAAAGUGUUACUGUGGAAACUGUUACUGUGAGGCUGGUUGGCAUGGAGAUAAAUGUGAAUUCCAGUGUGACAUCACCCCCUGGGAGAUCAAGAAAAGAUGCACAUCUCCAGAUGGCAAAAUCUGCAGCAACAGAGGCACAUGUGUAUGUGGGGAAUGUACAUGCCAUGAUGUGGACCCAACUGGUGACUGGGGAGAUAUUCAUGGAGAUACUUGUGAAUGUGAUGAAAGAAACUGCAAAGCAGUGUAUGACAGAUAUUCUGAUGACUUCUGUUCAGGUCAUGGACAAUGUAAUUGUGGAAGAUGUGACUGUAAAGAAGGAUGGACUGGGAAAAAGUGUGAACAUCCACAUUCAUGUCCAAUGUCAGUUGAAGAAAGCACUAAGAAAUGCCAAGGAAAUUCUGAUUUACCUUGCUCUGGAAGAGGGAGAUGUGAAUGUGGCCAGUGCACUUGUUUCCCUCCAGGAGACAACAGAGUUCAUGGCAAAAACUGUGAAUGUGAUGAUCGACAGUGUGAAAAUGCAGAUGGUGAUGUCUGUGGGGGCCAUGGUAUCUGCUCAUGUGGCCGGUGCAUUUGCCAGGAUGGGUGGUUUGGGAAGUUGUGCCAGCACUCAAGGAAGUGCAACAUGACGGAGGAGGAGAGCAGAAGUCUCUGCGAGUCAGCGGAUGGCAUAUUGUGCUCCGGGAAGGGCUCCUGCCACUGUGGAAAGUGCAUCUGUUCACCCCAGGAAUGGUACAUUUCGGGUGAUUUCUGUGAAUGCGAUGACAGAGACUGUGACAAACACGAUGGUCUCAUUUGCACAGGUAACGGUAUUUGUAGCUGUGGAAACUGUGAGUGCUGGGAAGGAUGGAAUGGAAAUGCUUGUGAAAUCUGGCUGGGGAGAGAAUACCCUUAAUGAAGGAUGUCAAAGAUUG